CAAAAAGAUUUAGAUAUUAAAAAUAUACUCACGGUUCAUAAAACCAGUGCAAAACUAUUGGCAACAAGAAACAUUCGAGACACAGAAGUGGAACGACUCGGCUGGAUCGUGUUGACAACAAAAUAUGAACACACACCUCGCUCACAGACCGACUUUAAAUCUCGUCG